GAAAUUGGUCCACUCGAUCUCCCUCUGUUUCCAAUUCUAGGGUUUUCUCUGUGCGUCCCUUGUUCGAUCCGCUUUUCGUCCGUUCCCUCCCUGCAAUUUCCUCCACUAAUUGUUGUUGUUCACCUUCAAUUCAGGGCUCCGAAGUUCCUUUCGCGAUCCAGUUCGUCUCCCUCGUUCGCUCGAGUGAGGAAUUCCUCUUCGCCUGAAGGUUCCGCAGUUACUCUUUGCCUUCUGGGCGUCAGAAGCCGUUUUUGUUUUCCCUUCUUGUGUUCAGUUUGUGGAUUAGGGCUUUUGGUUCCCACUCCUGGGGGGAACUGAAGACCCUUCUAGGGUUUAGGCUCGGGAAGCUUUGAUGAAGAAAGAGUAUUCGUGAUGUUCACCCCACAGAAGAAAGGGUGGUCGCUAUCACCUAGUAUUCGAGACUUCAAUGAAAAUGGAUUGGACUCGCCGUCCAACCCUCAGGGGCGCGUCGGUGGCCCAUCGUCCUUGAAAGGGAAGGGGAAGAGCGUGGUAGAGGAGCCACGGCCACCUCAGGCUUUGCUGGUUGAGAAUGGAGGGGAUACCAUCGGAGGAUGGGGUGCGGAGGUGGAAGCUUGGCGGCAUUUUAGGGAUGCAGGGUUGCUGGACGAGUCGGUGUUGCAGAGGAAGGACAGGGAAGCUCUUAUUCAGAGGAUUAACGAGCUAGAAAAGGAGCUUCACGAGUAUCAGUAUAAUCUUGGUCUUUUACUAAUCGAGAAGAAAGAUUCGAUCGCUAAAUAUGAAGAAGUUAGGCAGGCUUUGGCAGAAGCUGGGGAGAUUCUAAAGAGGGAAAAAGCUGCCCAUUUGAUUGUGGUCUCUGAAUAUGAAAACCGGGAAGAGAAGUGGCAGAAGGACUUGGGGAUUGAGAAGCAGAAAGUUGCAGUUCUCGAAAAGGAUUUGCGAGAUGUAGGUUCUGAAAUUGCAGAAGUCAAGUUUACAUCUGAGAAAAAGUUAGCUGAGGCUCAAGCCUUAGAGGCUGGUUUGGAGGAAAAAUACCUGGAAAUUGAAGCGAAGGCUCAUGCUGCUGAUGCUAAGCUAGCAGAAGCAAGCCGCAGAAGUUCUGAGUUAGAUAGAAAAUUGGAUGAUCUCCAGUCUCAAAAGAGAAAACUUGAGAAGGAGUAUCUAUCUUUAACAUCCGAGCAAAAGGCACAUGAGAAGGACCUAACAAAACAAAGGGAAGAUUUUUUUAUUUGGGAGAGAAAGCUGCAAGAUAGUCAGAAGCGGCUUGUUGAUGGGCAGAGACUUCUGAAUGAAAGAGAGGAUAAGGCAAGUGAGUUAGAUAAAAUGCUUAAAAGGAAACAAAGAGAGAUUGAAGAUGCAGAAAAAGUGAUUGAGGCAUCAAAAAAAUCCUUGAAAUUGGAAGAAGAUGAUAUUAGUAUAAGACUCAGUGCUUUGGCUUCUAAGGAGAAGGAAGCAGAGAUCAAGUUUGAGAGUGUAGAGAAGAAGGAGCGGGAAUUAUUUUUGAGAGAAGAAAAGCUAAAUGCUAGGGAAAAGGUGGAGAUUCAGAAGCUUCUUGAUGAUCACAAUGCUUUGUUGGAUUCCAAGAGACAGAAAUUUGAGUUAGAAAUGGAGAAAAGAAGAAAAGCUUUUGAUGAAGAGACAAAACUCAAGGUAAUCGAAUUGGAAGAAAAGAAUAAGGAAAUUGGCCACAAAGAGGAGAAAAUUACAGAAAGAGAGAACCUCUUGGAAGUUAGAGCGCUGAAACUACAGGAAAUGGAAAAAGAUAUUGACUCCAAAUCACAAGUUCUGAAAAAGUGGGAGGAAUCUAUUAAGGCUGCCGAGAUAAAAUUGGAGAAAGAAAACCACCAGCUAAAGAGUGAUAGGCAGGAACUGCUCAAGUCUGUAUCUGAAGUUGAAUCCAUGAAGAUGGCAAUAGAAGCUGAGAAGGUGCAAAUUAUCAAAGAGGAGGAGCAUCUUAAACUUACCAGACAAGAAAGAGAAGAACAUAACCUGUUUCAGUUGAAACUGAAGCAAGAGAUUGAAAAUUACAAGAUAAUGAAGGAUUCAUUAGAUAGACAAAAAGAGGAUUUAAGACACCAAAGAGAGAAAUUUGAAAAAGAAUGGGAGUUGUUGGAUGACAAACAAUUAGCACUAGAAUUUGACCUAAAGAAGGUUGAUGAAGAUAGAGAAAAGUUUGAAAAAUGGCGAAUUGAUGAGGAGGAAAGGAUUACGAAUGAGGCACAGGAAGAGAGAAUUAGCAUGGAGGAUAAAUGGGAAGACUUCAGGAUGAAGAAAGAAAUUUUUGAAAAAACAAUGGAACGUGAGAAGUUGGAUGUGCAUGAAAUGCUAGAGUGUGAACGUGCUGCUAUGAGUCGGGAUCUUGAGCUUCGCAAACUUGAAUUUGAAAAUGAAAUGGAUAAAACGAAGGAGGCUAUGGAGAAGGAUUUGCAAGAUAGAGAGAGCGAAUUUCAGAGAAAGAAGGCUAGCGAGUUAAAUGAAGUAAAAUCUCUCAGUAGUGCUAAUGAAUUAAAAUCUAGAAUCUUGAAAGCGGACCAAGAACAAUUGGAAAAGGAGAAAGACUAUCUGUCUGCUUGCAGAAAGAAAUUUGAAAAUGACCAACUUGAUAUUCAGAAGGACAUCGAUGCUCUUCAUUCACUCAACAUGGAAAUGAAGGAACAAAGGGAGCACUUUGUCAAGGAGAGGGAGAAUUUUCUAGCAAUGGCUCAACAAUGUAAGAUAUGCAAAAAUUGUGGUUUUCAAAUUCAUGACGUGGAUCUUCUCUGCCUGCAAGAUACUGGUGUUAUUCAAUUACCAAGAUUGAUUUCUGAAGAUAACUUGAAACCCAAGAAUUCUGAAACUACACCGCAAGCGAUGUCUCCAUCAAUGACACCAAGAGGUGGUUUAUCAUGGCUGCAAAAAUGUUCUAGAUUGUUUAAUUUCUCCCCUACAAGAAAAAUUGAAAAUGUGGAAGAUCAGGGAAAGAGUUCUUCGUCGCUCGGUUCAAGACUUGAUAAUGAAGUUUUGAAGGGCGGAACUAAUGAUGAAUCUGCACCACCACAAGGAAUUGCUACCCAUCCUUUCAUCAGCCAUAGAUCUGAAGCAUGUAGCGAAAUCAAGCUGAAUGAAGAGUCAAAAGGGUUAGAUGGAUCUGUAGAUGAGGCAGAACCUCCAGUUGUAGUUGUGGAUAGCUCAGCUGAUAUUGAUGGUAUCCAAACAGAUAUUUUUGAUAAGGAGGUGGUUGCUGGGCAGGCUGUUCAGACUGAAACUCAAUAUGAUAAAGAAAAAAUAUCUGUAUUUUUGGGAAAUGAUUCCCAGCCCAAAGCAGCAGAAAUCACAACAUGUCAAACUACCCAGAGUAAACCUAAAAAGAUACGGAGAACACGGACAGUGAAAAGAGUUGUUGAAGAAGCAAAAGAUUUCCUCGGGAAAACUUCUAACAAGAAGAAUGAGUUGACAAAUGGGCAAAGUCUUUCUUCAGAUUUCCAAGAGGUUAAUGAUCAUAAUUUAGUUAAUGUGGGGAAAAAGCGUAGUAUUUCUCAUGUGUCCAUUCCUAGUGAACAAGAUGUGGACAGUGAAACUCCUGAGAUCAGUUCACUUGGAGUACAUUGUAAAAGGAGACAAAUAGCUGCUCCUCAAACUCAGGCAGUCGGAGAAAAGCGAUAUAAUUUCAGACGCACCACCAUUGCUACUGCAGCUUCAGCAGCUCAACCAGUAGCUGAUCAAACCAAAGGGCGUGCAAUUGGAAGCUACCAACAAGUUUCAGGAAAUGAAAAGCUGAAGAGCAAUGGAGAUGGAGAAGGAACUUCCAAACUAAGGCUAGAAACUGGGCCCGAAUCAAGUUUAGUUGAGGGUGCAAAGUCAAUAGAAGUGCAGAAGACAGCUGCACAAAAUAUUGCGGAAGUUCAGAUCUCCCAGAAACUUGUUCGGCAAGAGAUGGAGAUCCAUGAUGAUGAUGCUGAGAAAUUUGUUGAAACAAGUGAGCAGACUGAUGAAGAUAGAGGGCAAGAGAUGGAGAUCCAUGAUAAUGAUGAAGAGAAAUCUAUUGAACCAAGUGAGCAAAAUGGUGAAGAUAGGGUAAUGGCACAUGAAGCAGCAGCAUUAGUUACAGAACCAAAUACCCCUGUUGGCGGAUGGAGUGAAGAUGGGGACAGUGACGAGGAUGAAGAAGAUUCAGAAAUACUCAAUGCUUCAAUUGGUAAAAAGCUCUGGACAUUCUUCACGUCAUGAAGUUGCUACUUUUCUUCUAUUAACCCCAAGAUUUCAAGACUUCAUGUGGGUUUUUAGUAUGUGUCUGCGUAAAUUCAUCUUUCGUUUAGUUGUGUUGAUGUGCAUUAGUAAUGUAAGUCUCGUGUAUCAUUAUUUUUUUUUCCACUUUAGUCUCAGUAGUUAUUGGUGAUGCUCAAUAACAGUUCAGAAUGAUGUAUGGAUCUUUCAUGCUUUGGACUGGAAAACAUGAUCUAAGUCUAGUCGAUUCCUGGAACAAAGGAAUCCUGUUCGUGGCACCUUGUACCAUUCAUAACUUUUUCCUUAUUGUGCGUAACAAGUGGGACACAAUUGCUAUAA